UCUUUCGUGAGUGUCAAGAGUGUAACGCAUUCAAAAUCUUACGCUACCAAAUUCGAGUUCAGAUUAUCAGUUUGCCUUGUUCUCAUACAUGUGUUGUUUCUGAUUGAUUUCGUAGUUAAAUAUCAAUGAAGCGUCCCCUAAAAGCUAUACAACCCACUAAUGAUGAAGAGGACGAUUCAGGAAACUUUAAGAAAGUAAUCUGCAAAGGUAAAGCACCAGUCGAUGUUGCAUGUGUCGCUAAAGUCAAUUCAGCUUAUGUUUAUUAUGAAGGUGAUGAUAUUUACGACGUUAUGUUAAAUCAAACUAAUGUCCAAAAUAAUAACAAUAAAUAUUACAUCAUACAGCUCUUAAAAGACGAAAGUAUAAGCAAUUAUUCAGUUUGGUUUCGCUGGGGCCGAGUUGGUAAACCUGGCCAAAAUAAACUCGAAAGUUUUGGUGGUAAUUUACAGGCUGCUAAGGAUUGUUUUGAAAAAAAAUUUUUUGACAAAACACUAAAUCAAUGGGGAGAAAGGAUGAAGUUCAUAAAACAUAAGGGGAAAUAUGAUAUGGUUGAAAUUGAUUAUGGCGUACAGGAUAAAAAAGCAAUCACAAAGAAGAAGAAAGUUAAAGAAGUUAAAUCACGACUCCCUGUUGCACUUCAGGCGCUCAUAAAAUUGAUAUGUGAUUUUACUAAUAUGGAACAUGCCAUGACAGAACUAAAAUAUGAUUCACGUCGUGCUCCUCUAGGAAAACUUAGUCAAUCACAAAUUCGUGCAGGUUACACAGCAUUGGAUACUAUAUCGAAAAUGAUUAGUGCUUUGUCAGAUUUAAGUCAAAAUGGUGAUACAGCAACAGAAACUAAAUCAAGAGGCCGAGGAAAACGUGUCGUCAAAUCGAAUGCAGGUGAUAAACGUAAAUUUGAAGAACAAUUACUGUUGGCCUGUAAUGAUUUCUAUACACGAAUUCCUCAUGAUUUUGGUAUGCGUAUACCACCAGUUAUUCGUACAAUGCCUGAAGUGAAAGCAAAAAUUGAAUUACUAGAAGCAUUAUCUGAUAUUGAAUUUGCUGUAAAUAUUUUGAAAAAUAAUCAAUCAUCUACUCAAAAUAUCAUUGAUGUCAAUUAUAAACGAUUAAAUUGUGACAUUCAACCUCUACGAUCAACUGAUCCAAUGUAUUCGUUGUUAGCCGAUUACAUGCAUGAAACACAUGGAGUCACUCAUAAUUGGUAUACAUUGGAAAUAUUAGAUGUAUUCGAAUGUCGAAAAUCUGCGGAACAAGAGAAUUUUAAAGAUUACGGAAAUAGGAUGCUUCUUUGGCAUGGAAGUCGUCUAACUAAUUGGGUUGGUAUUUUAGGAAGAGGUUUACAAAUUGCUCCACCUGAAGCUCCAUGUAAUGGAUACAUGUUUGGUAAAGGUGUAUAUUUUGCUGAUUGUUCAACGAAAUCAGCUAAUUAUGUUUAUCCAACUCAAGCUAACAAUGUUGGACUUAUGAUUGUUUGUGAGGUGUCAUUAGGCAAACAACGAGAAUUAUAUCAAUCAUGUUCUAAUGCACAUGAAAAUCUCACUGAUUAUCACAGUGUAAAAGGUUUAGGCAAAUGGCGAACAAAUCCUGAAACAUGGAAAACUUUAGACGAUGGUGUUAUAGUACCAUGUGGAAAAUUAAUUCAAGCACCUGAAACUGAAGCAAAUAAAUGUGUCUUACAAUUCAAUGAAUAUAUUGUUUAUCGGGUCAAUCAAAUUCGUCUACGUUAUUUGGUAAAAGUCAAAUUUAAUUUUAAUCACUAAACUCUACUAUCUCGUUCUCUUCUCUCUCCUCUCUAUGUCAACAAAGAUUUCUAUAUGUGUUACUGUUACUGUUAUUGUUUUAUUUAUAACCGAAUUUUGAUAUAACUAUUUUUGAUAAUAAUUAUUUUUUUUUUGACAAUUAUAUUUUAUUUUUUU